UUUUCCAAGAAAAUGUGAGAAAACAAUGCUUAUCAAAGAAGUGUGUGAAAAUUUCGACUAUUUUUGUAAAAAGGAAAACAUCACCGAAGAAGAUUUAAAGUUUCCCCUUGAAAUCUGGGAUGUGUAUAAUCGGUCAAUAAUUGAUAAAUACGGAAUUAGAAAAGAAGAUAUUUUACGUGAUCUUUCAGAUAAUAAUAGUACAUUCCGAACAUUUCAAUUGGAUGAAGUAUCAAGACAGAGGAACUGUUAUUCUAUUCAGCCUGAAGUUUAUAUGGAGCAGAAAUUUAAGAUGUACGAUAUUAGUAAUGUAGACAUAAAAGCAUUUGGUUCAAUUCAAAUAAAAUUCAACCCCGACGAAAUGACUUAUCCAGGUAAUCCAAUUAGCGUCGUAGCGGCAAUACAUUCUAAAGAUGGCAUCGUCAAUCCCUUUACAAGUGGAAUUGCUAUGACUCCAGGGAACAGAUACAUCGUCCAAUUAACACCCGCAAGUGAUUGUUCAAUUCGAAAUAAAUACUUCUACUUUCGACUGAAUUUAUAUUUAAUUCUGCUUUUACAGAUUGUAAAAACUCUUUUACCUUCUCCAUUUAACACAAACUGCGAAAACUACUUCGAUUCUCAAAACAAUUCAUUUUCAUUCCCUCGCUAUCGUUGUCUGGCGGAAUGUAAAAAAGAACUCUCGCUGAAAAAAUGUGGGUGCAUAUUACCUGAUUAUCCUUUUGUUACUGAUGAAAAAGAUUGUGAAUAUAGAGAUAGUUUGAAUUGUCUUUCUUCAAUAAACUUGAAAUUCUGCUCGGAUAAAUGUCCAAAUAGUUGCGAGUUUACAGUGUUUGAAUACAGUGUGAGAAAACGACCGUACAGUUACAAAAUGUUUCACGAGAAGGUGCUGAAACUCAGACAAGAGUAUGCCACCAUACAUUUAAUAUUUAAAACUCGAGAACUAUAUACAUACAGUUUAAAACCCAAGUUUCAGCCCAUCGAACUGUUUGGCUACAUCGGAGGAUAUAUUGGGAUUUGGCUGGGAAUAUCUCUGAUCGCAGUUUGCGAUUUCCUAGAAGCCAUCUUUAUUUAUUUAUAUUGUAUAACUUCUAGAAUGCCUGAGUUUUCUACAAUGUUUCGUUUUUAACUUAAACUUAAUUUUAUUUCACCAAUACAACAAGCCCUUUGAUUACGAUAAAUGAUUAUAAUGUAAUGUUUAAUAAUUAUCGUUAAUUUCGAAUAACGUCAGCUCUGUGCGGAUGUCUCGCAACGUCUCGUGUAAACAAGUAUUUUUAAAUAUUGAAUCUAUUUUGAAAGUACAUAAUAAAUAAUACGUCGUUUUGAAAACAAUUUCGUACGAAAUUCGAAACGUCUAAUCCAAUUAAAAUAUUCGCGCCGUUCUCUAUAUUAUGGAGAGAAGAGGGGAACAAAGGGUAAGGCUAAAAUAAAAAUUUCGCUUGUCUUCUUUGUGAA